AUGCACCGCGCACUUUUAAGCGUCUCGCGACGCGCCGCGGCCGUCCGGAACCUCGCCUCCACAGUCGAAGGCGACGCUUUCCGGCUCAACGAGUACAGUGCCAAAUACUUGGGACACAGAAAGGUAAAUUUUGUCUAUGGAAAGAAAGCGGGAAAAGUCCUAAUAAUGUCAAAUUGGCCUAGCGCUCGGAAAUUACGAUUUUUCACUAAAAUUUCUCAAAAGCGACAAGUUUUCAUUGAUUUCGAUCGAAAAACAGUAGAAAAUGUUGGAAAUUGUUAGAUUGCUUUAAAUUUUGUCAAUUUUCCGCAUUUUUCUUCAAAAUCUACCGGAAAACCUCGAAUUCCUGUAGGCCCGGUUCACCGAAAAGUUGGAAAUCGUCAACGCAGACGACACGCCGGCGCUUCCGAUCUACAGAGUGACGAACGCGGUCGGCGACGUCAUCGACCGGUCGCAGGAUCCGAACUUCUCCGAGGAGACGUCGCUGAAACUGUACAAAACGAUGACACAACUCAAUAUCAUGGACCGUAUCCUUUAUGAUUCGCAGCGGCAGGGCCGCAUCUCGUUCUACAUGACCUCGUUCGGCGAAGAGGGAAACCACGUGGGAAGUGCGGCGGCUCUCGAGCCACAGGAUCUCAUUUACGGGCAGUACCGGGAAGCCGGAGUGCUUCUCUGGCGCGGCUACACGAUGGAGCAGUUCAUGAACCAGUGCUACGGAAAUGCGGACGAUCUGGGAAAAGGCCGUCAGAUGCCGAUGCACUUCGGCACCAAGGAGCUCAACUUUGUGACCAUUUCCUCGCCGCUGACGACCCAACUCCCGCAGGCGGUCGGGUCCGCCUACGCAUUCAAGCAGCAGAAAGACAACGACCGCAUCGCCGUCGUCUACUUUGGAGACGGUGCCGCGUCCGAGGGAGACGCCCACGCGGCGUUCAACUUCGCCGCCACCCUCAAAACGCCCAUCAUCUUCUUCUGCAGAAACAACGGAUACGCCAUCUCGACGCCCACCAGCGAGCAGUACGGCGGAGACGGAAUCGCGGGCAAGGGACCCGCCUACGGACUCCACACCAUUCGGUUCGUCUCGGGAAUUUUAGUGCUGCGCCUUUAAUACUGUUUAACGGUGCAGGACCCUUGCCAAGACCCACCUUUUUAUUUUUAACGGUUUUUCUUGCAGAGUGGACGGAAACGACCUGCUGGCGGUGUACAACGCGACGAAAGAGGCCCGCCGCGUGGCGCUCACCAACCGGCCGGUCCUCAUCGAGGCGAUGACGUACCGAUUGGGCCACCACUCGACUUCCGACGACUCGACGGCGUACCGAUCGGCCGACGAGGUGCAGACGUGGGGCGACAAGGACCAUCCGAUCACCCGAUUCGGAAAGUACAUCCGAGAGCGCGGAUGGUGGAACGACGAGAAGGAGAAGGCGUGGCAGGCUGAGGUGAGGAAGUGGGCAACGUUUAUGCAAAAUUUGCGCAAACGCCGAGUAAAAUUCGAAAUAAACCGCAAUUUGCCUCAUUUCCAGGUGAAAAAGCGUGUUCUGACCGAAUUUUCGGCGGCCGAGAAGCGCAAAAAGGCGCACUACCACGAUCUGUUCGAGGACGUCUACGACGAACUUCCGCUGCGUCUCCGGCGCCAACGCGACGAGCUCGACGCGCACAUUGCCGAGUACAAGGAGCACUACCCGCUGGCGGACCUCAAAACAAAACUCUGA